UGUGUACUUUGAUUCAUCAAAAUUUUAAUCACAUUACAUUAGUGCAACUGCUAUACUUUUGAUUCCACACUUAGAAUAUCAGCUUGCAGUAACUAGCCUAACCUGCGGCACUCCACAAGAGCGCAAAAUCGGAUAACUCAUAGUCGCACACACCGUUCUUAUCUGUAAAAGAAAGUACAAUUGCCGUGUACAAUGGCCGAUAGCAAACUGAAGACCGAACCGGUGACGAAAAGCCCUUCAUCGACCAAUUUAGGAAUAACACCGGCGGGCAAACCCGGCGAUGCGCCGGUAUCAAAGGAAAACCUGGCGGCUGCCAAAGUGACCUUAAAUAGCGGAGCGGAUGCCCAGCUGAAGAACACAGCCGGUGCACAAAAUCCCGCAGCCGUCAAAUCUAACGAAACGGCAGGAACGAAACCCGAGGAGAAAAAAGAGGACAAGAAACCUGCUGAUAAGAAGGAUGCGGAUAAAAAAGAUGAGAAAAAGGGAGAAAAGAAAGAUGAGAAGAAAGACGACAAAAAGGAUGACAAAAAGAAGUAAAGCAGUUAUGCAGCCUUGCUUGUCACUGUUCUUCCUAUUUGUUAACUUCCAUACAAUUUCGCAUAAGUUCAGCAUAUGAUACAAGUGUAUAAGUAUCAAAGAUCACCUGGGUAAUAAAUUCUUUAAUAACCUAUUACAGCAAGCUUAAGACGCCGGAAAUCUAUCAUACAGUAACAAA